UUACUUCUGUCUGGGGUCUGGCAUGAGGAAGUAUCGAUUCUCGCGGGCCAUCUGGUACUCGACGUGCCCACGAAGCUGAGUCAUGAACUCCCGCCGCUGCUUCAAGACGCCUGCCGCGUCCACACACACACACGUUUGUUCGGUCGGCCACUGCACUCACUCAUUCGCACCCCCACCUCACCAUUGAUGUCGGGUUUGUCUCUGCUCAUUUUGAUGACGGCUUGUAGGCAUGCGCGUAUCAGGGAGCGCGGCUCUCCCGGCUCGAAGCGCGUCAGCAGCCGGCUGCUGCUGCUGCUGCUGCCACUGCUGCCGGUGGUGGUGGGAUUGUCGCUCUCGGCCAUGUAUGGCCACUCACCAUCCGUCUCGUCGGUGUCAAGCAGGAGUUUCUCCAACUGACCGACACAGACACAGACACCCACCAAGAGACACCGUCGACGACAUGACGGGUGUGUGCACACCCCUCCCCCCCACCAUCUGUCUGUCUGUCUGUCUGUCUGUCUGUCGACUCACCCACCAUACCACACCAUACCAUGUGUCCCUGGACGUGCGUCAGGGCGGCCGAGUACCACAGUGCGAUGGCCAGGUCGAUGCCCUCCCUCCCAUAGGUAUACAGCACCCGCAGUAUCAUCAGGUUGCCCACCACCACCAGCGGCAUGUAGUCGUUGACCAGGACACGCACCGCCAGCCGCCCACAGCCGUCACCUCUUGGCAGCCUGGCAAUAGUAGUAAUGACGUGCCGCAGAUCUCCGCUCGCCGCGAAGCAGAGGUGGAGAGGGGGGAUGGUGGCUGGUGCGGCUGGUGCGUCGGUGUCUUUGAGCUCGUUGUCUGGGAGGUUGAGGAGGUCGUAUGCCGGGAGGUUGCCCCAGUUCACCUGGUGGCCAUGGAUAUUGGGCGUGUCGGGCACGCUGAACGUACGCAACAAUUAAAGGGAAGACACACACGGCCAGAUGGCCGGGAGUGAGUGCUCUGUGAGACUGUGUGGGUGUGGGUGUGGGUAUGGAUAUGUGGUUACUUACGGUAGCCAUUGCUCGUGUGGGUGGGUGACAGAUCUGGGCAGCCAGUCCUUCGAGCCCAUAGGGUCCUUGCACAGCUUCUUGUGCGUCGGCCAAUGGCUCACCUGACACUCCUUGCAACAAUACCUGCGUCCAUCCAUCCAGACACACACAGACACACACACACACAUCAUCUGGUCCACCCACUCUGCUGGCUCAUGGCUGCCUGCCCUGCCCCCUCACUGACCUGACGAGCUUACACGACCCGCACUCAGACCUGCCCAUCUCAGUACACCCAUUCCCCGCACUACUGUUGGCACACGGACAGCAGUCCAUCUGCCCCCCGUCCGGCCGGCUGCCCAUCAGCCGCCUGCAGCCUUUCUCCAUCAGCCGCUGCACUUUGGCCAGCGACACGUCGGUGUGCUGCUGCACGAAGCCUUCGAAGCGAGAUGUGAACUCGGCGUUGAAGACGUGCAUAAGACCGAGGGCCUGGCGGGCCUUUGGGCGGAGUGGCUGGGGCAGCUCCACCUUCUCACGGACAUAGUUCUCGGGCAGAUAGCUGACACACACGCGCAGACAGGGAGAGAGAGAGAGAGAGAGAGAGAGAGGCUGAUAUGAUGCGCACACGGUGGGUGCUCUGUUGGUUCCAUUGGUUGGCUGACUUGACUUGCCUGUCAUAGAGCGUGAGCAGCCACAGAGCCCUCUCCCCCUCCCCCUCCUCUCCACUAGUACUGGUCGGCACCACCCUUCUGUAGGCAUCCUUCAGUCGGUCCAGACACUCGGCAGCCACACUCACCACCGACACGACACCAACACCCUCCCCCUCCCCGAGUGGUUCGCCCAGCCGGCUGGCUGCCUCUGCCUCCUCAUCUGCCUCGAUCCGGCGCUGAUUCUCCCGCUUCCACCGGUCCUCUAGCUCUUUUUGCGUCUCCCGCGCCCGGGCGUUGUUGGGCUCCAGCUCCAGACACGCACAUAUGCUCCGCUCGGCCUCCGAGUAGUUCUCGAGGGCCAUCAUUGCACGCGCCCGGCGGAGAUGGCCUCUGCUCCAACCUGCCGACAGGCAUGCAUGUCUGUCUGUCUGUCUGUUUGUGUGUGUGUGUGUGUGUGUGUGUGUUUGGUUUGUGUGUCUGUGUGUCAGACUGUCUUUCUGUGGCGCUCAAGCAAUUAAGUACCUACCUGGAUUGAUCCGUAUGCAUUUCUCGGCGUCGGAGAGCGCCUCGUGCGGCUGACCGUUGGCGAGAUAUGCGGCUGAGCGGUUGCUGUGGUAGUGGACGGGUACGGAUCCCGUGGCCCGGGCGAUGAUCUGGAUGGCUUCGGUGAAGCACGCGAUGGCCGCCUCGUACUCGAGCGCAUCGAACUGCUCGUUGCCCUUCCGCCGCAAAGACUCGGCUGCAUCACACUCGCGGUGGGAUGACGACAUUUUCC